CGUCAAUGACGAGUUCCUCGACCGGCAUACCGCCUGCGAUUCCAAUUUCACGCUAGAAUUUUGCGUGGCUCUCCUCAUUUCAAGCACCAUGAAUCCAUGAAGAGAUACCUGCUGUCCCUUUUUUUCUUUCGUUUGAUUGCGGUUAAGCUCCCUCCAGAAUGGCGUUUCGCAUCACCACCUGGAACGUGAACGGCAUAAGAAACCCGUUUGGAUACCAACCAUGGAGAGAAAAGCGGUCCUUUGAGGCCAUGUUCGAUAUCCUCGAAGCAGAUAUCCUCAUCAUGCAAGAAACCAAGAUUCAGAGGAAGGAUUUACGAGAUGACAUGGUCCUGGUGCCUGGUUGGGAUGUGUUCUUUAGUCUGCCAAAACACAAAAAGGGGUACUCCGGUGUUGCCAUAUACACGAGGAAUGCGACAUGCGCGCCAAUCCGAGCCGAGGAGGGAGUGACUGGUGUUCUGACAUCGCCAAAAUCCACGACCAAGUUUCGAGACCUCCCCCAAGAACAGCGGAUCGGCGGCUAUCCGCGCCCUGGACAGCUGGACGGCACCAUUGAUGAAGCGACUCUCGAUUCUGAAGGUCGGUGUGUCAUUCUAGAGUUCCCAGCCUUCGUCCUCUUUGGAGUCUACAGCCCGGCCAACCGUGAUGAGUCCCGCGACGAGUUCCGCCUCGGUUUCCUCCAAGCGCUUGACGUACGGAUCAGAAAUCUUGUCGCCGAGGGCAAGCAAGUGAUCCUGACAGGCGAUUUGAACAUCAUCCGUUCUGACAUCGACUCCACCAACGUGACCGAGAUGCUGCAAAAAGAGGGUCUAAGUACGGCGGAUUGGAUGAGCAUGCCCGCCCGUCGACUGUUCAACCAACUCAUCUUUGAGGGAACGGUGGAAGGGCCACGGGAUGAGGGGAGAGAAACCCCCGUGCUGUGGGACCUGUGCCGGUGUUUCCACCCCGAGCGAGCAGGAAUGAAUACGUGCUGGGACACCAAACGGAAUACACGACCCGCCAACAACGGCAGCCGGAUCGACUAUGUCUUGUGCAGCGACGGCAUCAAGGAUUGGUUCACUUCUGCUAACAUUCAAGAAGGCUUGAUGGGAUCUGAUCACUGCCCAGUAUUCGCAACAUUAGGAGACACACCGACAGCGAAGGACAAGAAGCAUGCUCUGUUCGAGCUUUUGAACCCGCCAGGCGUGUUCCAAGGGGAUCAGCGCCUCCGUGAUUGGAGCCCCAAAGACUUGCUUCCUCUGUCCGCAAGGCUGAUACCAGAAUUCGAUCGUCGACAGAGCAUUCGCGACAUGUUCACAAAGAAAGCAGCCCCGCAUGCGAGCACGGAUACGGCCGAAAACCUACCAGUCCCUCGGCCGAUUGCGAAACGGCCCGCCGACACGGCUGAGAAGGCGCCGAGAGGGGCUUUGAAGAGGAGCAAGCCGUCCUCGAAUUCCGUCGAUGCCAAGAACAAAGCAGCUGCGGGACAAAGAACGCUGCAAGGCUUCUUCAAGCCGAAAGCUUCAGCGCCCCAGCCCGAGAACCCGCACGUGGAGGCCACGGGAAACACAACGCCUCCGCCACCAAGGAAGACCACGCUCGGAUCUUCCAACGGUCUGCUCAGGCAGCAACAGUCUCCGCCUUUGACAUCCGGGACUCUUUCAGCAAAACCUUUCGCCGACACAUCCGAAAGAGUGUUCGACCCAAUCGAAGCAAAGGAAUCUUGGUCAAAGCUGCUAAGCAAGCGAGUGGCGCCUCGGUGCGAACAUCAUGAACCGUGCAUCAGCCUGACCACCAAGAAGCCUGGCGUCAACUGCGGGCGGUCGUUCUACAUCUGCCCGCGGCCUCUUGGGCCUUCUGGCGAGAAGGAGAAGGGGUCGGAAUGGCGGUGCGGGACUUUCAUAUGGAGUAGUGACUGGAGUAGUUCAUCAGGAGGUUUGUAGAGGUUCGAAGCUCUGGCAUCUGUUACUCUACACUUUACUAGAAAGAAAGGCACAUAAUGCGAGAAAGAGAAUGUAUUGAACGAUUAGACAUGAAAGUGAUGGAUCAAUCCUAAACUCCCUUCUCUCAC